AUGGGCAAUGACAAGCAUAGCGAGCACCUGCUCCGGCAGGAGGUGAACACCGUCGUCCCGACUGUGCCUGAGUACAUGCACUGGUCGGAGCGCCUAGUCAGCUGGACCUGGGAGGACCACCCGGCCGUCAUGCCUACGCUGGGCGCCUACGCCAUCGUCCUAGACCCCACCAUAGUCGCUGAGAAGCGCACCUGCAAGUUCUCACGAGUCCUCAUCGAUGGCGGCAGCAUCAACAUCCUCUACUGCGACACCAUGACCAAGCUUGGCAUCGAGGCCAAGCAGCUGGAGCUGACCCAGACGGUGUUCCACGGCAUCGUGUCGGGUCUCUCCCGCUCCCCGAUCGACCAGAUCCGGCUAGGUGUCCCGUUCGGCACCCACGACCACUUUCAGUGCGAGCCCAUCUGGUUCGAGGUGGUGGUCCUGUCCAGCCCGGUCCUCAUCCUGAAGAAGAAGAACACCUGGCGCGUGUGCAUAGACUACACCAGCCCGAACAAGGCCUGCCCCAAGGAUCCUUUUGCCCUCCUGUGGAUAGAUCAAGUGAUUGAUUCCAUGGCUGGCUGCGAGCUCUUGCCCUUUAUGGAUGCCUACUCUGGCUACCACCGGAUCAAGAUGGACCCGGAUGACACCCAGAAGACGUCCUUCAUCACACCCUUCGGGGCAUAUUGCUACAUCCCCAUGUCGUUCAGCUUGAAGAACGCUAGCGCCACAUUCCAGCACUGCAUGUAA